AUGUCUAAAACUGCUUCUCAACGAUACAACGGCACGAUAAACAAAACAUUAAGCGGCUUACCUUGUCAACGCUGGAUGGAUGAUACCCCUCAUUGGAUUCACAGGGAUUAUAAAGAUCCCAUUGCAUACCCUGAUAACACUUUAACUGACGCGAAAAACUACUGCAGGGAUCCAUCCAGGAGCGGAUAUAUUUGGUGUUAUACACUUAAUCCUAGUGUUGAUUGGGAACGUUGUUUACAAGGGCCUGAUUUUGUCAAAUCAUCUUUAUUUGCCUAUAAAGCAUGUUCUACAGCAUUUAACAAAUGCUACAGUAUUUUUUCUGGUACGACUGUAUCUUGGAACACGGCCGGCUAUGAGUGUUGGAUACGGAAGUUAAGGCUUGUUUCCUUUUCGUCUUAUGAUGAAAUGUAUCUGGUAAAACAAAUGCUAAGAAACUUUCGAUACGUUGAUGUAAACUACAAAAUUGAUACCAUAUUUAAGUAUGAUGACCCGGAUCCGUAUUAUUACUCCCAUAUAGGUUUACACAAGGUACGAAAUGGUAGAGGUGUAAUUGAGCAUAUGUGGGAUAACGGCUCGCCUUCAACAUUCGCGGCAUGGAAUAGAGAUGAACCAUCGUCCAAAGGGAGUUGUACACGUAUGUCCUUUCAUCUUGGGCGUUACAAUGACACUUGGGAAGUUGAGGACUGCGAGAGAGGACUGGCCAAAUAUUUCGUCUGUGAUGAAGGCAAAACGGAUACAACUAUAAUUCUGCCUGAUGUUGACCCUCAUAAAUAUAACGGAACAAUAAACAUGACGAAAUCAGGAUUACCUUGUCAGUUCUGGAAAGAUGUCCGCGUUUUCCACUGGAGGUCUGAAUUCCCAGAAUACUCCGUUGAAAAAGCUUCAGAACUACUGCAGGGAUCCAACCCAAAAAGGGUAUAUAUGGUGCUAAUACCACAAAUCCUAUGGUUCCUUUCGAAGAAUGUGCUUUCACAAGGUAACGACGAGUCUGAUCCUCAUAAUUAUGCUGGGAAAUUGAGUAAAACAGCGUCAGGUAAAACAUGUCAGCGCUGGGACUCAGACUAUCCUCAUAAGAGAGACGACACCAUUAAGAAAACCCAGUUCCCGGAUGAGACACUCGCAGAUGCGUCAAACUAUUGUCGUGAUCCGUUUCGCGAGAGUAUUCUUUGGUGCCGCACAACGGAUCCUGAAACAGAGAUUGAAAAUUGUCUCUUUUUCGAAACUGCAUCAGACAGGUGUUUCUCAACUCUUUCUUCGUACGAAGGAAAACAUAAUGAAACAUAUACCGGCAAGUCUUGUCAAUAUUGGAAUGAUACAACACCUCACGAUCACGUGAAGUUUUCCGAUUCACAGUUUCCAGAUAGAAAUGUUGAGGAAGCACAAAACUUUUGCCGUGAUCCACACUCUGAAGGUUACCUGUGGUGUUUUACAACUGAUCCAGGGACACGUCAUGAGCCUUGUUUGUUUGAUUAUAAAUACCAGCUUAAAGAUACAGGCAAUAACAUUGAUUGGCAUGGAACACCAUUUGUUUGUGAUAACGGAAUCGUUAUACCAUACGAACAUCAAUGUAACGGAAAAGUUGAUUGUGCGGAUGUUUCGGACGAGAAUAAUUGCACAAGAGAUGUGGUUGUGAUUGAUUGUAUGGAUGCCUCUGAUGAGAAGAACUGUGCAAUCAACAGUCAGAAUUCCAACUGUUCUCAAUAUCAUUUUGAAUGCUUAACUGGAGGCUGUAUUCAUAUCAGUCAAGUUUGUGACUUUAUUCCCGACUGUCCGGACACAUCUGACGAAAGCUGUGAUCACCCACUUUGCCUGAAUUCGGAAUACCGCUGUUCUAAUGGACAAUGUAUUCCAGAAGAACAGAGAUGUGACGCCUUUAUCCAUUGUAUUGAUGGGACUGAUGAACACGACUGUGAUAGUUGUCAUAUUGGAUCUUUUCACUGCGAUAAAGUGCGAUGUAUUCCAAGUAGGCUAGUUUGUGAUGAUUAUCCUGACUGCGAAGACAGGACGGAUGAAGAGCGUUGUUCUUCACCAGAAUAUUCUUCCUGCAACGACAUCUGGACGGCAGGUUAUCAAAUGAGUGGAUUUUAUAAAUUAGCUAAUACAGAAGUUGAAUGUGAUUUCAGUAAAGUAAGAACAGAGGGGAAAGUAUACACGAUAUCUCAUAAUUAUGAUUUUAAUAAACAGUACGUAUUUCUAAUUUUGCAUAUAUUAAAUUACAUCAAGCUCGGUUAA